CCAUGAAUUUGGAGUUGGCGUUAGAAGGACCUUCUCCAAAGAAGAACAAUUUUGAGCUUUGGAUAGAAAACCAAAAUGCUGGAGGUGAUGUUGUGCAGCAGGAGUCGACACAACAAGCAGACUCGAAACGUUUUCUGGAGAUAUUACUUAAAGACCAAGGACAGGAAGCCAAAAUGACGUGUAUAAAGUGGAUAGGAGCAUUAAGUGAUAGUGGAGCUUUUGAAGACUUCUCGCUGAAGCGACUGGACGGACUUAUAAAGGAAGCACUAAUUUUGGAAGGUAAUCUGAAGAGACAAAAAGAUGUUUUACGCCAACGUCUUCAGAUAUUGACGAAAACACUACAGGGCUUGGAAAUGUAGCUGACCGUAACGAGCCGCCGAGGGCGUAAUUGUUUGGGUUCGACUCAGCACCAGUUAGAAAUAAAUUUGUUUAAUGCUAGGUUAAGCAUUGGUGGGUUAAGUCCACAAGCCACCAACUGGAGGAGGUUUACGUUUCGAAUAAAGAAAGUUCA